AGGACAUUUGGGAGUACAAAUCCAUUAGGAAGCAAAAGCAUCAGAGUACUUCAGAGAGCGUCUCUACACCUGUGCAGAAAGUAAGUGAUGGCAAGCGCAGCCCGAAAAGGAAGAAAACUAGGAAUAAAAAAAAAUCCAUAGAAAAAAGUGAUUCUCUUCAGAAAACCAAGCCGAGAUCAAGGCCAAAUCAAGACGUAGAUCCGUGUAAAGAUGACAGUAGCGCGCACUCCCAGGAAAGUGUGAGUAGCCUGACAGAACAGAGUUCACAAGGUGUGAAGCCCCUUCACGAUGGACACUGUCCGAGCUGUCAGAUGCCUUUCUCUUUGCUGUUGGUCCAGACACCUCGAUGGCACGUUGCUGAAUGUUUGGAUGCUCCAGGGUCCAUUGAGAAAGAGUGUCCCGAUGGUUUGCUGUGCACUUCCACCAUUCCAUCCCACUACAAGCGUUACAGCCAUUUCCUGCUUGCAGCAAGCAGGGCAGGAGAUUAUCUUGUGAACUCUUCAGCAAACACUUUGGAGGGGAAGAUGACAUGUUCUACUGCUGCAGAGCCCAGCUGCUCUCCAAGUCAUGUAGAGAAAAUAUUGCAGAAUGAGAAACCAUCCAAUAAUGUAAAAAAUAUCUCAAAUGAUGACUGUACAAUGAUGGUAGAGAGUUCACCACACAUGAAGCCUCUAAAUAUAAUCAGUGAAAGUACUUCCUCUUUUGCAGAUGUUCAAAAGCCUCAACAGUCAUUUCAGCUUAUGCAGACCACAGACAAUAGUUGUAAUUUUGAGUUUUAUGACUUUGCAUCCUCUCAAAAAAGUGGAACAGAAGAAGAUCUGUGUAGUCAGAAAGAUACAACUCAGCCAAGUUUACUACAGUCAGAAGUGGACUUUAGUGACUGUGAAAUUUCUUACUCUCCUCUGAGUAAUUUUGAGGAAAGUCAAGAGGAAACUGAGGAAGAGGAGCAAAAAGUAAAAAUGUCACAAGAUAGAUUAUUUGAAGUCUGGAACUUUGAAGAUAAAGAAUCGAAUUCUGUCGUGUUUAAAACAUCUGAUGGACUUCUCUCACAGCAGAAGCCUCAGUAUGAGCAUACCAAAAUGGGAAAUUUCAUCAUUAAAAAAAAACAUUGUGAGGAAGUAAAUACAUUGCACCAUCUAGAUCACGUUGUGAAGACUGGGCCUCAGAGUCAGGUGAACAGCAAGUUGUGUAAUUCAACAUCUGGAGGCAAUCAGCAUCAGCAAGAGGUGUUUCCCCGGGGCUCCUCUUUUCUUUCUAAUUGCAAGGUGAUUGCACAGCCAGGCUUGAGUUCCUCUGCUGCUAGAGCAGGUAACACAGAGUCAGAAGACGCUGGUGCUUGUCCUUUGGAUCCCGCCUACAUGAGUUUUACUGAGAUGUCGUCGCUGGUAGUCGGAGGGGAUGCCGGGUCUCUUCUGACACAGAAAAGUAACGAUUUGGGGGACCCAAGUAACGUUUUAACUGCUGCAGAUGAAAUGACUGCCAAUGCAUUUGAAAAAAAAGCUCACAAGGAGAAUUUGCAGUCAGUAGUGCGGAGAGAAGGAAACUGUGAUAAAGCUGCUGUGUGCUUUCCCAGCCCCAACUCUAAAACAGUACCGUCUCUCUCUUUAGCAAAUAUAAAUGCCAAAUCUAGUUCUGCCAAAGAACUCAAACAAAUGGACAUUGGUGUUUUUUUUGGGUUGAAACCCAAAGUAAAAGAGGAAAGCAAAGGAGAGACGUGUUUGAGCGAGGGAAAGCAGAUACUAACUUCAGUAACUCCCAGUGGAAAGAGGCCCAGGCAGCAAAAAAGAAAAGCUGAAGGGUCUGUGGAAAAUGUAGAAGCAGUUAUGGAAGCUUCAAGUCAAGAUGGAGCCUUUGCAAAUGUCAGUUCUGGUGGCCAACAAAGGUGGAGAAAAAAAAUUAAAGAAUUACCUACUGCAGGUGAAGGAAAAAGAACAAAACACUGCCCUUUCUACAAGAAAAUACCAGGAACCGGUUUUACAGUUGAUGCCUUCCAAUAUGGAGAAGUCGAAGGCUGCACAGCUUAUUUCCUUACGCAUUUUCACUCGGAUCACUACUGUGGGUUAACAAAAAACUUCAUGUUUCCAAUCUACUGUAAUAAGAUAACUGGCAAUCUGGUGAAGAGCAAACUUCGAGUCAAAGAAGAGUAUGUCCACGUGCUGCCGAUGGAAACGGAAUGUGUAGUGAAUGGGAUCAAAGUGAUGUUGCUUGAUGCCAAUCAUUGUCCAGGUGCAACAAUGAUCCUUUUCCGUCUGCCAAGUGGAACCGUUAUUCUGCACACAGGAGACUUUAGGGCAGAUCCUUCUAUGGAGCGCUGCCCUGCUUUGGUUGGUCAACAAGUCCAUACCCUUUACCUUGAUACCACAUACUGUAGUCCUGAAUACACUUUUCCUUCUCAGCAAGAGGUUAUCCAGUUUGCUGUCAAUACCGCCUUUGAGACAGUGACUUUAAACCCACGUACUCUGGUUGUCUGUGGCACUUAUUCCAUUGGAAAGGAAAAAGUUUUUUUAGCAAUUGCUGAAGUUCUGGGCUCAAAAGCAAGCAUGUCCCGGGAUAAGUACAAAACGCUGCAGUGCCUGGAGUCAGCAGCUGUGAAUUCCCUCAUCAGUGUGGACUGGGCUGGUACUUUGCUUCACGUUCUUCCCAUGAUGCAAAUUAAUUUUAAGGGCUUGCAAGAUCACUUGAAUAAGUUUUCUGAGAAUUUUGAUCAAGUUCUGGCUUUCAGACCUACUGGGUGGACCUACUCUGAUUCAUGCCUUUCUCUGGUGGAUAUCAAACCUCAGACAAGAGGAAAGAUCACCAUAUAUGGGAUUCCUUACAGCGAACACAGCAGUUACCUGGAAAUGAAGCGUUUUGUUCAGUGGUUGAAGCCGCAGAAAAUUAUCCCCACUGUCAAUGUUGGUGACUGGAGAGCCAGAAGCUUGAUGGAGAAGCAUUUUAGAGACUGGAUGGUUGAGGGCAGUAGGCAUAAAUAAAUAUAAGGAAGAAUGUAUGUUUUUUAAAAGGAUGUAGGCUGGAGGGAGAAUUGUAAAUUCCUGUGAGGUUUUUAUUUAACUCCUUUUUCUACAGAGCUUUCUUUAGG